AUGCGGCGUUGCACAUCGAACAGUGCCGGCACGGACGUCUACUCAACGAUCAUGACUCCGCGGCCGCAGCGCGCCGGAUUGAAUGUGUCUCCGGCAUUCGCGGGAACGUCGGCAGACUCUGCAGGAGCGCCUUUGUUGGAGCAGCCGGAUCAGCGGGCGGUCGUGGCGGACGUCGCGCGGCUAUUAUCGAAGCCGCGAAGCUACGACUUUCGCGAGCACCACCACCACGAGCAGCACAGUAACGAAGCGCUAAGUAAAGAGGACGCGGAGCGUGCGGCGGCAGCGAGCGUGAAGGAGGGGACGACGAUCGGCGAGGUGGCGGCGAUCGAGCUCGUGCGACAGCUGAGCCCGCAGGGGCGCGAAGUGCUGCUCACGGCGCUCUUCCCGGGAGCGGACAGUGCGGAGGCGGAGGAGGAGUUUGAGCACGCGGACGCGCAUCACGACGGGGUGAUAAGCGAGGGCGAGUUCGAGCAGUACGUGGGCGAGCAGCAGGCCAAGAUCGACGCGCUGCACCGCCCGCUCGACUUCCCGCAGCUCGCGCUGCUCGCCAAGAAGGAAUUUCUCGGCAACUUGGGCUUCGGACUUACAAAGAACACGGUGAUGAUCAUAUCAGGCGACUUCAUAGCGAGCGGCGGGUCUGGGAAACUUAGUGGCGGCGUGAGGUGCCGGGGAGCCAUAGAGUCAUCCUCCUCCCAAAAUACCCUAUUUCCGUUCCCCUCCCACCCUUUCCUAUUCACCCUGUCCCCCCUUACCCCCUUUCCCCCAUCAGGCGGCGGGUCUGGGCAACGCAGUGGCGGACGUGAUAGGCACGUGGUGCUGGGGAGCCAUAGAGUCGCGGCGGGUUUGGGAAACGCGGUGGCGGACGUGAUAGGCACGUGGGGAGCCAUAGAGUCGUCCCCCUCCAAGCUCCUCCCUUUUCCCUUUCCCCUCUCCCCUUUUCCCCACUCUGUCUCCCCUACUUCCCCCCUCUCUCCCCAUCAGGCGGCAGGGCUGGGCAACGCGGUCGCAGACGUGAUUGGCACGUGGUGUCGCGGAGCCAUAGAGUCAUCCUCCUCCAAGCUCCUCCCCGGCGCCACCUUCUCCUCGCACCAGCUCGAGCACCCCAAGGCCCAGCUCUUCGCCACCGUUGGCGCUGUCCUGGGAGUCACUGUGGGCGGCUUGAUGGGCCUCUCUCCGCUCUUCUUCCUGCCGGCUCGUGGGGGUGGAGGGGAAGGCGGGCACGGCGCAGGUCCGGCGGUGACCGCUGGCGUGGCGGCUGCUUCAGCGGCAGCUUCGGCGAUGAAGGUUGCCGCGCCGCUUGCUACUAUUGCGUCGGCGGAUGGGGUUGAGGAGGCCGCGUCAGGUCACGCUACAGCUAGUGCUACUGGAAUAACUGGUGCUAAUGGCGCUACAGGAGGUGGCAUGCAGGGUGCAUUCACCCGGGGCGCUACAGCCCAUGCGUCCAUCAGCGCAGCGCAUUGGAUGGGUCCGUCCCCCUCGUUCCGCCCACCCCUGACAGGCGCUGUGGGGGAGCGUGGAGGGCUAGGUGUGGCGCUGCUGCUGGCGCUGUCGGCACUCAAUGUGGCACGGCGAGUGAGGGGGGUGUUCAUGAGGAGGGAGGGGGAGAGAAAAGUCGAGGGGGAACGGAAAUAG